GUACAGUUUGAUUAAAUUGAUAGUUGAUACAUUUUACAAAUUCCAAGUUUAAGUUUUCCACAAAUAUUUUUGUUUUAUGGAAAUUUCAAAUAUUCGCUGUUAUACAAAAUACUACGCAUAAUUUUCUACUUAUUUUUACAAGACUAAACUUUAAAUGAUUCGCUAGAUCUAAAAGUAAAAAUGUUGUGAAUGCCAAAACCAAAACUUGGCUGUGUGGAAACUGUGUCAGUGGGUAAAAACGUACUCGACACAAUAUUUUCAGUCCUAUGACAUGGAUAGUGUAAGAAGAACUGACGAUGUAGCAUCGGCUGACGGAAAUCUCCUACAACCUCCAAAGGAAUUCACAACAGCUGCCCGAAAUCCAUUGAUGAAAGUUCGAACUUAUGUGUUGGCGCUGCGUCCGUGGUCGCUGAGCGGCAGCCUUCUGCCUACUUUGUUAGGCGCAGCACUAGCAUACCGGUUGCCGGGAGAUAAUGGUUUCAGCUGGCUUACAUUACUUCUUACCAUGUUUACAGUAAUUCCAGUCCAUGGAGCAGGCAAUGUGGUGAAUACAUAUUUUGACUUUGUAAAAGGUAUUGAUAACCGUAAAUCAGAUGACCGAACUCUAGUUGAUCACAUAUUAAGUAUAGACGAAGUUGUGUCUCUUGGAGCUAUACUUUAUAUGUCUGGAUGUGUAUUUUUUGUACUACUAGUAAUAAUGUCACCUGCCCAAAUGGAACAUUUAGCUCUAGUGUAUUUUGGAGGUCUGUCCUCAUCAUUUUUAUACACAGGGGGUAUAGGUUUAAAGUACAUAGCUUUAGGAGAUAUAAUUUAUCUAGUCAUAUUUGGCCCAGUUUCUGUUGUGUUUGCAUUUUUGGCCCAAACAGGAAGAGUUGUUUGGCCUAUUUUCUAUUAUGCUGUACCAUUGGCUUUAAAUACAGAAGCCAUUUUACACAGCAAUAACACUAGGGAUUUAGAAGCAGACAGCAAAGCAGAAAUUGUGACACUAGCAAUUUUAAUAGGAAAGACUGCAUCUCAUUUAUUAUAUGCAUUUUUACUAUUUACGCCAUAUAUUAUGUUCGUUGUGGCUUCUGUAAGGUGUAGUUUUUGGUUUUUGCUUCCAAUGUUAACCUUACACCAAGCUUUUGAAAUAGAGAGAAGGUUCCGUCGGCCUGAAACCAUGCAGUAUGUGCCCAGGCAAACUGCUAGGUUAAAUUUCUAUUUUGGAAUGUUGUAUGUAAUAGCCUGUCUUCUUGCAUCCAGACUUCCAUUCCUAAUAAGGGAAUAAAUAUUUUGUAUAUAUUGAAUUGGCAUGUACUUAAAUUUUCAUACAUUAGUACUAUCUUGUUGCUUUAGUUUAGUUAUUGUUAUUUUAGUUAAGUGAUACAUGUAUGUAUUACACUAAUUAAAGCUUAUAAUAUAUUUACAAUAUGACCUGUGCAUAUAGAAAGUGUUGUUUUUAAUAUACCGUGUUCAAACGUUUUAGGCAGCUUCAGUUAAAAAAUGUUUGUCAUCAUGAAAUCAUUUCUUCUAAUAUUUUUAGUUUUUUUUUGCAAAUUCUACAUCUGUGUGGAUUCUAUAUAUAACUUGUUAAGAAAUUAUAGAUAAAUAAAUUGUGUUUACUGAAUACAUUGUUAAAGUCAAGGAUAAGACUUAUUCAAAUGUAAAAUAGAUAAUACAACAAGAUUGUGAAUAUUUAUGAAUAAUAUUUGGAUUACCUCUUUAGUAAUCUCACUGGUACUACCUCUUUAUACUGAGUAGUAGUAUGGUUGAUUUUUUAUUAUAAAAAAUUAAAUAUAUAGUUUCCAGCAAAUAAGUUGGGUAAAGUCAUUAGAUGUGCAGAAGUUGUUUUUAAGGUGUUUUCCUACUAAAAGUACAUGCUCUUUCCCAUAUAACACUAAAUCGGGCUCAUUAAGUUUCAAUUUGACCAAUUUUAUUUAUAUUAUCAUUGUUAUAAAAUGCAAAUACACCUUUAUUAUUGUGGUAUUUUAUUAGUUAUUACCUAUCAAUGGGGUAUAAAACACAAAUAAUAUGUGACUUUAUCUGAUAUCAUUUACUUGCUAUUAGUGGAAUUUAUGCUGGUCUUAAAUUGUAAGAAUGUUUUUUUAUGUAUUGAAAAAUAUAAAUAUACUUAUAUGUAUUAAGAAUUGACAAUAAUUUAUGUUUAAAGAAAUAUAUUAUGAUAACUAA